UACCUCACUGUGAGCUAGAAAGUCAAGCGAUGGAGACGUGAUCACUCUACGGUGGGAUUUUAAUAACAGUUUCCAUAUUAAUUAUAAUGAAAAAAUCUCGUUAAUGGACUUAGGAUACGGAGGUGGCAGGUUUUCCAGGGAUAGACGGUAAAAACGGUGUGUGUCUCUGACACGUAAACGAGGCAAGGCAGAAAAAGUUGAGUCUCGCGCGCGAGCUGGUUUAUGUUUGUUGCACGAGCGCGUUUAUUUACCUCAGUUAGCUCGUUAGCUAACCAGCGCAAAGGAUUUACACUGUCCAGGUAUUAUUAAGCUGAUUUGUUUUAUAAUGGCGGGUUUACGAGCGAGAGCGCUGUACGACUUUACUUCUGAAAACCCCGGAGAGAUCUCGGUUAGAGAGAAUGAGAUAGUGACUCUGUACAGUGAGCAGGACAUAGAGGGCUGGCUGGAGGGACUGAACAGUACCGGACACAGGGGACUCUUCCCUGCGUCGUAUGUAGAGAUCCUAAAGAACGACGUGUCCUCUUCAGUUAACAACAGCACUUCUGUCGAUGCGCAUCAGGGAUCCCAAGGGGUCAAUAAUAUCAGUGCUGUAGGAAACUAUACAUCAACUUUUCCAAGUGGUUUCCAGGCACCGCCUCCACUCCAGCAGCCCCAGAGUUACCCAGCAAGUCAAGGGAGUGAUGAUGACUGGGAUGAUGACUGGGAUGACAGCUCCACAGUGGCUGAUGAACCCGGUGUCACGCGUGGAGGUUUACACGAUUUUGAAAACAAUGGACCGAACACCUACAGGGUGACCACGUCCUCCAUGGCCCGAGGCGGCAACGCUCAGCAAGCAAAGAGUUCGGCUACGGUUGGCAGGAACCUUAACAGGUUCUCGACAUUUGUGAAGUCAGGUGGCGAGGCUUUCGUGCUCGGUGAAGCAUCCGGCUUUAUCAAGGACGGCGAUAAGAUCUGUGUGGUGAUGGGUCAGUAUGGGCCAGAGUGGCAGGAAAAUCCGUACCCUUUUGCAUGUACCAUCGAUGAUCCGACCAAGCAGACGAAAUUUAAGGGUAUGAAAAGCUACAUCUCGUAUAAACUAACCCCGACGCACACGCAGAACCCGGUGAACCGAAGAUAUAAGCAUUUCGACUGGCUGUACGAUCGGUUGGUUGAGAAGUUCCCAGUCAUUUCAGUUCCACACAUCCCAGAGAAACAGGCUACAGGCCGCUUCGAGGAGGAUUUCAUCUCAAAGAGGAGGAAAGGUCUGAUAUGGUGGAUGAACCACAUGACGAGCCACCCGGUGCUGGCCAGGUGCGAUGUUUUCCAACACUUCCUUACCUGCAGCAGCACCGACGAAAAGAGCUGGAAGCAAGGCAAGAGGAAGGCGGAGAAGGACGAGAUGGUGGGAGCGAAUUUCUUCCUGACGAUCAGCCCACCGCCUUCUUCGCUGGACUUCCAAGAGGUCGAGAGCAAGAUCGACGGAUUUAAGGGCUUCACCAAAAAAAUGGAUGACGGUGUCAUCCAGGUGAAUGCCACACUAAAUGAGUUUGCAAGGAAACAGAUCACUGGAUUUAAGAAGGAAUAUCAGAAAGUCGGAAUGGCGUUUAAGUAUCUCAGUCAAGCUUUUGAGCUUGACCAGCAGACGUACUCGGCCGGUCUGAACCACGCGAUUGCGUACACUGGCGAUGCAUACGAAGCCAUUGGAGACUACUUUGCCGAGCAACCGAAACAAGAUGUGGACCCGGUGAUGGAUCUGCUGGCACUGUACCAAGGACAUCUCGCUAACUACCCUGACAUCAUCCAUGUUCAGAAAGGUGCCCUGACCAAGGUGAAGGAGAGCCAGAAACACGUGGAGGAGGGCAAGAUGGAGCGUCAGCAGGCCGACGGCAUCGCAGAGCGCUGCAACAUCAUCUCGUUUGCCACGCUGGCCGAAAUCCAGCACUUCCACCAGAUCCGCGUGCGCGACUUCAAGGGCCAGAUGCAGCACUACCUGCAGCAGCAGAUCAGCUUCUUCCAGAAAGUCACAAGCAAGUUGGAGGACGCGCUCAGGCAGUACGACAACGCCUAGAUCGUCCUCACACACCCUUCGUCCUUCUCCCAGGAGCGAGGUGAACGUUAACCAGCCUCUACUUUAGCAAUACAAUGAACCGAGAGAACCUUCAUCUCUGCUAUUUCUAUCCGUUUCUUAACCACACGAUGAAUGUCUGGUCACAGCUCAACGAGGCUAAAUAAAACAUAGUGGGGAAAGUAUGUGACAAGAUAGCGUUAACUUUCUCCAGGAGAGGUUUCCAGAUCAGAGGGGUGAGGGCUGACGCUUCGGACAGCUCAGUUACGUUACAGCUCUGUGGAACUUAUAGUGCUCAGAAUGACAAGCAUUCCACCAGAAAGCACAAUUUCUGCUUUACUAACACUGUAGGUUAUUUAUUCAGGAAAAUUCUGAAUACAAAUCCUGUCAUGACCUGCAGCACUUCCAGGUUAAGCGAGCUUAUUCACAUAUGUUUACAGCGAUCUGACGAGCUGUCUUCACUUUGCCGUGCCUUUCAACCCUGUUUUUAUUGAUAUUUUUUUUUAUUUCUCUUAAUUAACGUUCUAUAUAUUAUAUAUUGUACUUAUUCUAAGAUGUUUUAUAAAGCCGUAUUUUUUUCCCUGGAUGCUAAAGUAAGACGGAAAUCCGGCGUGUUCUAUUAGGAGAAGACCCGGGAACGGAAUUAGGCCCUAAUUUGGAUGUCAGACUUUUUCUUUGGGGUCUCUUCUCCCAACCCCUCUCCCCCCGCCCCCCGCUGUAUUUUCAGUAACAGUUGAGAAAACAGGAUUAAGCGAAAACAGUCGUGCCCUUGGUCGCUCGCCCAAUCAUUCGUUAAAGAGAUAUGAAAAUAUCCCCAUGACACACGGAGCUGUGUCAGAGUGCAGGGAUCUAAAUACAGCCAGAGAUAAGAAACUAAAACACGCAGCUCACUCAGGAUUCCACUUCUGUUAUCUCUCAUCACGGACACAUCUGAUAAAGCGGACAGAGACUUCCACUUCCACUCCAGAGGACUGAGAAGUUUUGAAAUGUAUUUAAUCAUUAAUGUUUUAUUUAACAUUGUGAUUGAGAAAACACCAUGUUUGUUCAGAUAUUUUGUUCUUUUUUUUCCUAAAUAAACCCCGCACAUAACUCUGA